AUGGGGCGGUGGCCUGCCGACCCGUGUGCGUUGGUGCAUCAGGUGCUCGAGAGGAGAGGGCUGGGAAUCUCCGUGAUGCGGGAUGUACUUUACUUCAUAUACGGGCACAUGGAAGGCGACAGGCGCACCAGUGUUAUGUUCAGCACCGACUGGCCGGGAAUGGAGCCGACGAAGAUGGUUAGGAAUGAGCACGUGGAAGGCGACAGGCGCACCAGUGUUAUGUUCAGCACCGACUGGCCGGGAAUGGAGCCGACCAAGAUGGUUAGGGGGACAAUCAACAAAGGAACCGGCCUGAUGCUACACCCCAACCCGGCGAACCGGACGACCCGAACCCUCAUGCACUGGAUGUCCUCGUCCGACAUGAAGAUCCCGCUCCUCCCCAAGGGCAUCCUGCAGGGGGAGAUGUGCUACCGUUCGGCCGUCAUGUAG